CACCUGAAGAGCAGUCUCGCCUGUCAAGCUGCAACUGUGAUCCUGAAUACAAGAAAUUGAAAAAGAGAGACUUUCGAAUAUCAAUUGUGCAGGAGAAGAGAAGUGUUGUAAAAAUGGUGAAAUCAACUCAGAUCUCGAGACUGGAUGGUCUCAUGCUCUCUGCCUCUGUGGAUGAUGAACAGGCAGAAGCGCAAUUGGCCGAAGUGAAGGGCCAGGCCAAAAUGAUAUUUCGUCGACUGAAUAGCAAUUCUGAACCAGAAGCUAGCAUAGAGUCCGGACAGUACAACCUACAUUACAUUAUCAAGGAUGAUAUUUGCUUUCUGUGCAUUGCAGACCGAUCAUACCCCCGAAAGCUCGCAUUCGCAUAUCUCGCCGAUAUCGCAAACGAAUUCGUCAACAUGUACCCUCCCUCCCAAUACCUUUCCUCCAACCUCCGCCCAUACGCAUUUGUCGAGUUUGACAGCUACCUCCAGCGCAAAAAGAAGUCGUACCAGGAUAGCCGGGCAUCGGCAAACCUUGACAGAUUGAACGAUGAGCUCAAAGACGUGACCAAGGUGAUGACAAAGAACAUUGAAGAUCUCCUCUACCGAGGCGAUAGCCUCGAACGCAUGGGAGAGAUGUCGGGCCGGUUGAGAGAGGAUAGCCGCAAAUAUCGUAAGGCUGCGGUCAGGAUAAAUUGGGAAUUGUUAAUAAAACAGUAUGGUCCCUUCGGCGCCGUUGGCUUGCUGGUCAUUAUUCUUCUCUGGUGGCGGUUUUUCUAGUGCAAUAGUCUUUCCUUAAUGAUAUACCCUUUAAUGACAUGCAUAUUUGAUGGACGGAUAAACGUUGUACUGCUCAGUAAUCUGGCGGGUUUCCCAGGCAUGGAUUAGGGCUAUAGCGAGGCAUUUCUUAAGGACUGACUUAUAAACAGGCGGUAGCUGCUCGAAGA